UCCUCUCCCUCUUCACAUGUUGCUCUGGUGUCCGAGGCCGUGGCCUCGCCUGCACCUCCGUGUCCGCGUCGUUGUCGGGAAACAGCACUCUGACCGGCUUCCUCCUCAGUCCGCAAAAAUCGAUCAUCAAGGACGCUUAAUCGGCGUCGCACUCGUAUCGAUCUGCAAGCCGGGCCUCAUCAUAGCUAACGAGCAAUAUGGCUUUGAGACGAGCGCUGCAUUUUGUUUUCAAAGUUGGCGACAGGGCCAAAACAGCCACCUUUUACCGAGAUGUUCUGGGCAUGAAGGUUUUACGCCACGAAGAGUUUGAAGAAGGCUGCAAAGCAACUUGCAAUGGGCCCUACGAUGGAAAAUGGAGCAAGACAAUGGUUGGUUUUGGUCCAGAAGAUGACCAUUUUGUCGCUGAACUGACAUACAAUUAUGGGGUCGGAGAAUAUCAGCUUGGCAAUGACUUCUUGGGCCUCACCCUGCAGUCAAGCCAAGCUGUCAGCAAUGCUAAACGUCUGGGGUGGCCCCUGACUGAGGUAGGAGAGGCUCUGUAUCUGACCCAGGCUCCAGGAGGGUAUCCCUUUUACCUGGUGGACAAAGAGCAGCCUCCUAACGACCCCGUGCAGAAGGUUUGUCUCGGAGUGUCAGACCUCCAGAGAUCGACACACUACUGGAGUACGCUCUUGGGGAUGAAGGUGAUGGACAAGAAUGAGGAAAAGAAAACGGUGCUGAUGGGAUUCGCAGACACACAAUGCAAACUGGAGCUUCAUGAUAUCGAUGGGACAGUAGAUCAUGGAACAGCGUUUGGGAGAAUAGCAUUUUCAUGCCCACGGGAGCAACUGCCCGACCUUGAAGCCUUGAUGAAAAGGGAAAAUCAGAAAAUUCUCACUCCAUUAGUCAGCCUAGACACCCCUGGAAAAGCCACAGUAGAAGUAGUUAUUUUGACCGACCCAGACGGCCAUGAGAUCUGCUUUGUGGGAGAUGAGGCAUUUAGGCAGCUCUCCAUGGUGGACCCCAAAGGAAAUGACUUACUUGAUAAGGCUAUGGCGGAAGAUAAAAGUGAUGAGUGGUUUGCCAAGCACAACAGACAGAAAGCCGCUGCAUGAGAUGAAGGAGAUCACGCACCGACAACUGCUCACCAGCUCAUAUGAUGAUGAUGAUGAGAUGCUGCACAAGGCCCCUGUUGUGUAAAUCUUCCUGUAAUGUCAACUCAAGCAUCCUUAGUCGGCAGUGUGAGAUUUAUUUUCCCCUGGAAGCGUGCCAUGAGCUGCUGUUGCACUGACACCACUUGUUCAAUUUGAUGGAUAUUUUUCCAGUAAAUAUUAUUCCUAUCAAUAAGGCAGAGAGGUGGGCCUAAACAUUUACUUAAUGAAACUUAAUUACAAAUUAUGAAAGGUGUCGACAUGCCCAGGGGCAAAAUUCUGUCGUUGGGUCUUUGUUGCCGCUGCACCAACCACCCUCUGUCCAUUGUGUUUGCACCACUUGGUACUCCUCACUGUUGGACUAAUACUACCUGGACCCAAGGUUUUUGUGCGCCAGCUAGUUUGUGGUAAUUUGAUUAAAAAUAAUUUUAGAAAAAUGUGCCAUGCAAUCACAGUAAAACUAAAAUAAUACGUCUUAAUUGGAGAUUUUGAUACAGGGCCACAAAAUGACCUUUAUUGUUGAUAUUGUACUUCAGCAGUGCAUAUUCCAUAUAUUUGCAGCUAAUCAAAUGACCAAAAGACAAUUACAUGUAGUGUAGCUGGAGUUUUUAGGGGUCAGGGGCAGGUGGCUGAAAAUCCUCAGUCUUUUGUAUCAUAUGCUGUGAAAUACGAGUGAAAAAUGAAGCUUUUCUUUGUUAGAGAGCGGGCUGUUUA